AUGGCUGGAGCAGUGCCAGCAGCUUCUCCAGGCGGUGUCACCGUCGGAGAGACCAAGCUCUGGUCUCAAGCUAAUGUCCGCCCGAUCUUCUUCUGUGCCCUCGCCGUCAUCGGUGCCAUCCUGUACGGUUACGAUGGUACCUAUUUCACCGGUAUUCUCGAGAUGGACCGCUUCAAGCGCGAUUUCGGUGUCAUCAACCCAGAUAAUGGCCAGUACGAGAUUCCUUCCAACGACCAGUCGCUCUACGCUUCCAUCGUACAAGCCGGUGAAGUGGUUGGCUCCCUCCUCGCUGCUCCCCUGGGUGACUACGUCGGUCGACGAGGUGGUUUCUUUGGUGCUUGUACUCUUGUUGCCCUUGGCGUUGUCCUGCAACUCGUCACGGUUGGUUCCAAGGCACUCCUCACGCUCGGUCGAGGUGUGCUGGGUGCCGGUGUCGGUGUCAUCUCCAACUGCACCCCCCUCUACCUCUCCGAAAUUGCUCCCACUGCCAUCCGCGGUGCCAUCGUCUCGUCUUGGCAGCUCAUGCUCGCCAUUGGCCAAGUCAUCGGCGCCUGCAUCGCUCAGGGAACCAAGGACAUUGACUCGACGUGGUCGUACCGCAUCCCGAUCAUUUUCAAUCUCUUUUUUGUAGCUGUUCUUGUCGCGGCUCAGUUCAUCAUUCCCGAGUCGCCACGAUGGCUCAUCCAGAAGAACCGCGACGAAAAGGCGCUCGCCGCCCUCAAGCGUGUCAACAAGGGACAGAAAGACGAUGUGCGCGACAAGGUCAUUGCUCUCGAGUACAAUGCUUUUCGGCAGGCCCGCGCCGACGAGCUCGAGCUUUCCGGUGAAGGCGGCUGGAAAUCACUUAUGCACGGCGUCGAGCUGCGCAAGUUUGCCUGCGUUCUGGGUAUUCUGAUUGGCCAGCAGAUUGGAGGUGUACAAUUUAUCUUUUCGUACACUGUCACCUUUAUGACGGCCGUCGGACUCAAGGACGCUUUCAUUAUCACGAUCAUUGUCGAUGUCAUUGAGGUGGUCGGUGUCCUGUGCUCGUUCCUUCUGGUCAACCGCUUUGGCCGCCGACCGUUGAUCCUAUGGACCUCGGUGCCCAUGUUUAUCUCUCUCUUUGUCGUGGCUGGUAUCGGCACCAAGGGUCUUCCUCCGCGCGGCGAGUCGCUUCCUUGGCCAGGCGUCAUCAGCGUCACCGAGGGUCGCACCAUCGCUGCUAUGAUCUGCAUCUAUGUGUUUUUCUUCAACCUGGCUUGGGGACCUCUGGCUUGGGUCGUCGCUUCCGAGCUGGCUGUCGGCAAGAACCGCAGCAAGAUCAUGUCGGUUGGCACGGCUUGCUUCUGGAUCAUUGCAUGGGCUGUCACCUUCACGUUGCCUUACCUCUUCUACAACGCCGGACUUGGUGCUCAGAUUGGUUGGAUCUACGGUGUCGGUACGCUGAUUGCUAUGACAUUUGUCUACUUUUACAUUCCCGAGACGUUUGGUCGCUCGCUCGAAGAGAUCAACGAGAUGCUCGAGGCGCGCGUCCCAACGCGCAAGUGGACCACCUACAUGACGCAGCAGGAACGUGUGCUCGUCGACCAGAGCCGACAUUUGGACGACGACUCGGCGCUCGGCACCAAGCCAAGUAAUGUUUCAUUGACUGCGUCGAAUGCGGAUGACAAGAAGCUCGAUGCUAAAGAUGGCUCUGGCGCACCUUCUCAGGAUCGAAACCCAACGCGAUUGGGGACUUCUGAUGUGGAUAGUGUCUAG